AUGUUUAAGAAAAACAACAAAGAAAAUCUAAAACCAAUUACUUUGAACAUUCCUAAAAUGAUUUUAAAGAAUUAAAUUAACUAAAACAGCAUUUAAUAAUAUGCAUAUUUAAUUGAAACAUCAAGGUCUCCUAGAAUUAGUUGUAUUUAACUUAUUAAAUAUUAAGAAUUAUAUCAAAAAAUUUAGUAGUCUAUAGAUUAAAAAGCAGCUGAUGAAUCACAAGAUGUUGUUUCAAUUCACUAAUAAAAAAUUAGAGAAAAAAUUAGAGGAUACAAUUAAACUCCUACAAUUACAACAUCUUAAGAUAUUCAGGAUUCUUUUAAUAUUUGGAAUGAUGAAUAGUAACUUGAUGGAAAUAUCAUUGAUAACUAUACUUAAAGAUAUAAAUCAUAUGAUAAUUUCACUUAAAAUAAUGUUUCUUAAAAUGAAAUAGCAGAAAAUAUAUUAAAAUUAUUAGGAAUGAAACAUAAAGUAAAAAAUUUAGGAAAGAUUCCAUUCUUAAAUGAUGAACCAAAAAAAACAACUAAUUAUUUUGUUCCUCCAUAAAAAGCGUGGAGAUUGUACAAAAAAAGACCUUUAAACUUUACUAGUACUUUAUAUACUUCAAAUUAAACUACUUAAUUAAUCAAUUCCAAAUCUAGAUUAAACUCUUUAGAUAUUUAGAAUUAAAAUCAAUCUAAUUUAAGAUAAUUAAGUUCCCCUGAUAUAUUGAGGAUAAAAUUUAAGCAAUUAAAGAUGAAAUGA